GCGAAAUCUUGGUGCCGCCUGCCCUCCUGCCUUCAUUUCCCAUCGUGCCGAGGCGGGUGGCAUGGCGGAGAAGGAUGACACCGGAGUUCGACGAAGAGGUGGUUUUUGAGAACUCUCCACUUUACCAGUAUUUACAGGAUUUAGGACACACAGAUUUUGAAAUAUGUUCUUCUUUGUCACCGAAACCAGAAAAAUGUACAACAGAAGGACAACAAAAGCCUCCUACGGAAGUCCCACCAAAACAAGGCAUACUGGUAAAAUUGGCAGGAUCCAUCAAAAGUUGUAUUUUUUUCCCACUCUGCAGUAAAGAGGAUGCGGUACUUCAUAAGUUGGAUACCGGAUUCCGACUUGACUCAUUGCGUGCCAUCCUGCAACAGGAAGUCCUGUUACAAGAGGAUGUGGAGCUAAUUGAGCUACUUGAUCCCAGUAUCCUGUCUGCAGGGCAACCGCAACAACAGGAAAAUGGACACCUUCCAACACUCUGCUCCCUGGCAACCCCUAAUAUUUGGGAUGUCUCAGUGCUAUUUAUCUUCAUUAGUUUGCUCAUUAUGCUUCCCACUUGGUGGAUUGUCUCUUCCUGGAUGAUAUGGGGAGUGGUUCUAUUUGUUUAUUUGGUUAUAAGAGCUUUGAAAUUAUGGAGAACAGCCAAACUGCAAGUGACCCUAAAAAAAUAUGCUGUUCGUCUAGAAGAUAUGGCAGCAAAUAGCCGUGCAUUUACUAACCUUGUGAGGAAAGCUUUACGUCUCAUUCAAGAAACUGAAGUCAUUUCCAGAGGCUUUACACUGGUCAGUGCUGCUUGCUCAUUUAAUAAAGCUGGACAGCAUCCCAGUCAGCAUCUCAUCGGUCUUCGGAAAGCUGUCUACAGAACUGUAAGAGCCAACUUCCAAGCAGCAAGGCUAGCUACCCUAUAUAUGCUGAAAAAAUAUCCUUUUCUGUCUGUUUUGUUCCAACUCUGGAUGGCACAGAGUUCAGAGUUCUUCAGACGGUUAGCCCUGCUACUUUCUCCAGCCAAUUCACCACUGGGGCCCUUGCUUACUCCAGCACAUUUGCCUCAUCGUAUUUUAUCUGAUGUGACUCAAGGUCUACCUCAUGCUCAUUCUGCCUGUUUGGAAGAGCUUAAGCGCAGCUAUGAAUUCUAUCGGUACUUUGAAACUCAGCACCAAUCAGCUCCCCAGCGUUUAUCCAAAACUCAGCAGAAGUCAAGAGAACUGAAUAAUGUUCACACAGCAGUGCGCAGCUUACAGCUCCAUCUGAAAGCCUUACUGAAUGAGGUAAUAAUUCUUGAAGAUGAACUUAAAAAGCUUGUUUAUACUAAAGAAACACAAGAGCCAGUAUCAGAGGCCUAUCAGGUUCUAGAACAGAAACUAAAGUUGAUUGAGCCCCAUGUUCAAGCAAGCAACAGUUGCUGGGAAGAGGCCAUUUCUCAGGUGGACAAACUGUUACGAAGAAAAACAGACAAAAAAGGCAAACCUGAAGUGGCAUGUGAGAACUCACACUGCAUCACCACACCUGUGAUCCCACCUGCUCUACACAUUGCAGACAAAGACCCCAUCCCUGAGGAACAGGAACUAGAAGCUUAUGUAGAUGAUAUAGAUAUAGACAGUGACUUCAGAAAGGAUGAUUUUUAUUAUUUGUCUCAAGAAGACAAAGAGAGACAAAAGCGUGAGCAGGAAGAAUCCAAGAGGGUGCUUCAGGAAUUAAAGUCUGUGCUGGGAUUUAAGGCUUCAGAGGCAGAAAGGCAGAAAUGGAAGCAGCUCCUGUUUAGUGAUCACGCUGUGUUGAAAACCCUGUCUCCUGUAGACCCAGUGGAACCCAUAAGUAAUUCAGAACCAUCUAUGACUUCAGAUAUUGGAGAAGUCGAUAAAAAUGAUACUGAUGAAGAUAGUAGUAAACCUUCCACAGCCGACAAUGAGAUAAGUAGGACUGAGUAUGUAUGUGAGGACCCUGUAGAAUGUCAAAACAAAGACACUGCAGCAAAUGAGGUCAUCCUUGAAGGAGUUGCAGAAAGAAUGUACUACCAGUGUAAGAGUGAGCAUGAACUACAGCAGGCCAGUAGUGGCGGCCUGGCCACUGCCUCUUCACAUCCCAGAGACUCACCAGAGCCCUCCAUUAAGCAGAGGUUGGCACAACUACAGCUGUCACCGGAAUUUACCUUCACUGCUGGCCUCGCUGCAGAAGUGGCCGCUAGAUCGCUGUCCUUCACCACCAGGCAAGAACAGACUUUCGGAGAUGAGGAGGAAGAACCAGUCAUUGAAGAAAGUGAAAAUGAAGUAGAAGAAAAGUGAGAAUCAAGAUGAAGUCAUUUUAGAUUGUUCCUAUUACAAAGUGUUUUAGCCUCAAGACUGGAAAGGGAAAAUGAGUGUAAGUUUACUAUAUCUAAAGCUAAGAUGUGAAUUUACAGAAAGAACCCUGGUUUGAACAACUGAUCUAAAAUUAGUAGUUACCUGUAAAUGGAUGGUCUUUUAGAAAAUAAGAAAGGUAAGGGCUCUUUUUGAAUAAACAGCUAUUUUAAUGUGGCACAACUGAUGAUCUUGAUAAUUCUUUAAGUACUUUUAAUAAGAAAUGAAGUUAUCAUUUCUUGCCAGGAUUUGCUACCAUAAGGUAACCAGGAUAAUUCUCUUGCAAGAACAUUAACAUUUAGUAUGACUCCUUUUUACUGUAUCCUUGCAGUUAACAACUGCAGCCAUUAUGUCAAUAACAAUUGUUUGUAUUUUAUUUUUGUUUAUACCAGUCUUAAAAGAUACAGGUUCUGAAUAAAAUACUUAAUUCAUACAA